GGGUUGUUUGUGUUUUGGUUCUAGUAAAAGGGGAAGUUGCAAGAAGAAAGAAAAAGGAGGAGACGUGAUCGGGGUUGUUGAAAUUAUUUGUAUGUUCAACAAUACGUAUCUGUCCGCACUGCGACCUUUAUUUUGUGUAUAGACUCGUGUGUGGUAUUCUGUGUUCGUCAACCGCCUGGCACUCAGCUGAAGCCCUGACAGCAUAGUCAGACGUGCGGGACAAACACUGACCGGGGGAUCUGACUAGGCCAUGGCCAACAGGGGAGGAGCUACGAGACCCAACGGGUCUAACGCUGGUAACAAGAUCUGCCAGUUCAAGCUGGUACUUCUGGGGGAGUCGGCAGUGGGCAAGUCCAGCCUGGUGCUCCGCUUCGUCAAGGGACAGUUCCACGAGUUCCAGGAGAGCACCAUUGGAGCGGCCUUCCUGACCCAGACAGUAUGUCUAGACGACACAACGGUGAAGUUUGAGAUCUGGGACACGGCAGGACAGGAGCGCUACCACAGCCUGGCGCCCAUGUAUUACAGAGGGGCGCAGGCCGCCAUCGUGGUCUACGACAUCACAAAUGAGGAGUCAUUUGCGCGGGCCAGGAACUGGGUGAAGGAGCUGCAGAGACAAGCCAGCCCCAACAUUGUCAUCGCCCUGUCUGGCAACAAGGCUGACCUCGCCAGCAAGAGAGCCGUGGACUUCCAGGAUGCCCAGUCAUAUGCAGACGACAACAGCUUACUCUUCAUGGAGACGUCGGCCAAGACAUCUAUGAAUGUGAACGAGAUAUUCAUGGCUAUUGCAAAAAGAUUGCCCAAGAGCGAGCCUGCGGCCACAGGAGCUAACAGCGGACGGAACAGGGGCGUCGACCUAACGGAAGCCGCCCAGCCAACUAAGGCCCCCUGCUGCAGUACUUAAAGCGAAAUCACCCCACACUGCAGUAACUAAUGUGAUGACCCCCGCCCGCCCAAAACUCUCUGAUCUGCAGCAAUGAAAAAAGAUGCCCUUUGAACCCCCUUCCCAUUCUACCCUUCUCCUCCUCUCUGCAGUAACUAAUGCAAAGCAACGCCCUCAUCUAUAGUUCUCUCAACGACGCCCUGCCCCUCCCUCUCCCCUACUGGUUCUGCUGUUACUAAUUGAGACACCUUCCUCCUUCUUUUCUGAAAUUAGUGCCCGCCUUCCCUACCUCAUUCUUCCUGACUAUUGGCAAGCAGCAGGACUAAGGGACGGGGCAACUCUGAUGGUGGUCUCAUCUCCUGGGUAUAGCUACAGACUAUCGCUCUGUGUUUCUAACACAAUCUCUGUCCUUUCUGUUUGUUUUUUUGUUUUGUUGAUUUUUUUUUAUAGUGGGAAUUAUGGAUGCAUGUAUCACUACAUGGCCUAACUUGAUGCUGAGAAAAAAUCUGUGUUAACUUUAUUCAGCGGCACAAAAACAUAUAUUUGAGAGGGGGAGGGUCUCCAAAGGUUUGCGAGGGCUAAUUCUAAAGAAAAGGCUGUUUAGUAGUGGUCUUGGGUUCCUUCUAGUUUCUCUCUGUUCUCUGUCUACCCUUAUCUGUCUCUUGAGUAAUGUAUUCAUAUGCUUUGCCCACUAAACCUUUAGUACCGCUAGUAUAGAGUUUCUCCCUUCUGUCUCUCUUUGUCCCAUCCCAGGGCCUUGCCUGCUUCUAAUGAUCAGCCCCAAAUCAAACCCUAACCCCUUAGGUACUUCAUGUAGGUCUGAGAGGAUUUGAGAUCUAAACAAUCGGGUGAACAUUCCACCUAGCCUAUCGGAGGGCAAGGUGGAGCGAUCCCCAUAAUGCUCUCAGGUCUACCUAAGGGGUUAGAGGGCAAUUUGGGAUUGGGCAUAGCUGUCCUAGUGGCAUCGUGCAAUGGUUCACAGUAUUGGCUCUGUGAUUUCUUCAGUGUCUGCAAGGACCUUCACACUGCAAAGCAACCUGCCUCCACACCCACCCCAACCCUACCUGCUAUCACUUCCUUGCCCUUCCCAACCAUACCUGCUAUCACCACCUUACUCCCCCCAACCCUACCUGCUAUCACCACCUUACUCCCCCCAACCCUACCUGCUAUCACCACCUUACUCCCCCCAACCCUACCUGCUAUCACCACCUUACUCCCCCCAACCCUACCUGCUAUCACCACCUUACUCCCCCCCAACCCUACCUGCUAUCACCACCUUACUCCCCCCCCAACCCUACCUGCUAUCACCACCUUACUCCCCCCCAACCCUACCUGCUAUCACCACCUUACUCCCCCCCCAACCCUACCUGCUAUCACCCUCUUACCCCCACCAACCCUACCCGCUAUCACCACCUUACCCCCACCAACCCUACCUGCUAUCACCACAGUAUGGCAUCGGGCCUCUGAGACUUGUUCACAUGUUCACCUUACCCCCCCCCCCUGAAUGCCAAGUCUCCAGACCCCUUUCCAUCCUGACCUGAUGGUCUCUGUCCGAGGGAGGGGUUACAUCCUGAUCCAUUCUGGUUACAAUGUCAGCUGAUGUUCAUUACGUCUCAACAUGUAAUGGAUGAGAUUAGGUCAUGGUUCAGGUUAUGAGGCCUGUCCAGGUGUAAACAAGAUGCUGGCUGGAAGGCAGCUGUUUUCCACUUGGAGAGACAGGGGAGCAUGAUGAGAUGACCUCUGUAGGUGUUGAGAGAGGGGAACAUGGUGAGGUGACCUCCGUAUGUAUUGAGAGAGGGGACCAUGGUGAGGUGACCUCUGUAGGUGUUGAGAGGGGGGAACAUGGUGAGGUGACCUCUAGGUGUUGAGAGAGGGGAACAUGGUGAGGUGACCUCUGUAGGUGUUGAGCGAGGGGAACAUGGUGAGGUGACCUCUAGGUGUUGAGAGCUUCUUCAUUAGGAGCCAGCUGACACUGUGGCCCUGGGUGUGUCCCAAAUGUCACCCUAUUCCCCAAAUCGUGCACUGCUUUUGACUAAAGACCUGGUCAAAAGUAGUGCACUAUAUAGGGAAUAGGGUGUCAAUCAGGACGUCUCUCUUUGUCAUGGUCACUAUUCCUCCCCUGUUCUUUAGGAAGUGCUGUGGGUGUGGGGUUGUGUGUACACAGAGGGAGACUGGACUGUUUGGUGAUAAAACAUCCUCAGAGACAACAAACACAGUCAGACGCAGGUUUAUUUCUCUAAACCCUUCCAGAUCUAAAUAACACACACAAGCUAAAACACGGCUCGCUCACACAUGUACACUUUUGUGUUAUUCUUAAACCCUGGACCUGUUACACACACACACACACAACCCGUCCUGAUCAAUAACUCUGUCCAGGUCUCUUCCUCAUGCCUUGCACUAAUGAUUCUCAUGAAUAUAUCUUGUCAUAAUUACAGCCAGUGUGAUAUAAAUAUAUAUAUAUAAUAUACUGUACAUAGGGUAUUGCAAUGUAGUCUACUUUUUCCAUUUACAGUUGACAGGACUAAUGCUUGCUAGGGAGUUGUCUAGAUAAUCAUUAAACUGUACAGUUAGCAGAAAACAGCUUCAGUGUGGGUUUGGAGUUGUUUUUUUUCCCCUCCACAAAAAUGUUUAAAUUAUAAUCGAUGGUGGUCUUUAUAAAUGUAAGUGUUAUUAACAAACAAAAAUAUCUUGCAUUUCUUUAGUGGUCUGACUUAUACUUUAUUUCUCAAGAAAAGCUAAAUGAUUAUUUUUUGGUUUCUAUUUUUUAACAUUCUCUCUCUCUCACAUUUCACUCAUUUGUGAGUGAUCUAAAGUUAGGAUGUCCUGUCCGGUACUCCUCAUCCCACUAGAACUGAAGUCACACACAGUACACUGUCUGGCUGUUGAAUCCCUGUUGGAGCAAAGCGAAAAGGAUUUGAAAAAAAUUAACUUUCCGCUUGUCUUAUAACGUCUCAGUAGGAAUGUAACGACGUUGUGGGAACAAUGUUAACAACCUUAGUAGGAGAAGAAAGACGGCUCUGUUCUACUGUUGGGGUAUUAGCUGGUGGAUCAUGAUGAUGAAUAAAUGGAUUAACUCAUAGGGAUGUACAUUGUAUACAUUUUUGUUGCUGUGGCCACUUAAUUGCAGCCGGAAAAAAUAAAAAUAAAUGCAAGCAUU